CCCCUCCUACGUCCCAUGCCUUCCUUAAUUCACCAAACUUGACACUGUGGCCCACGCUGGCGUGCUGGGGGGGGGUCACGCGUGGCAGACCCCGGGAAGAUGAAGACCCCCCCCACCUCCCCUCUUUUAACCAUCUUUCUUUCCACGACCCCCGCCCCCCUCCCCAUGCCCUCCCUUAGCAGAACAUCUGUCACCACAGGGGCUCAGAUGAAUGCAUUCUCCUCCUCCUCCUUGGCAAAUGGCACAGGCAGGACAGAGGAGGGCACCUCGGGGAGUUGGGGGGUGGCAGAGGGGAGGGGUCUAUGUGUGUUUGUUUGCAUGCAAGAGAGAGAGAGAGAGAGAGAGAGAGAGAGAGAGAGUGAGGGAGGAAGAUUCCCAUUGCAGCCUGACUGCCUGACUGUGUGUGUCAUGAGAGGACACACAGCUCCACACGCCUGCCUGGACUUUCCACAAGGAUUUACCCCCAAUGGACUAACACCUCCGAAAAGCAUUUUUUUGGCAGGAUUUAUUCUCCACAAUUUGGGAUUUUUAAAGGCUCAAAAAGUCAUGCAAGGUGUCGGAGCUGCGAGUGAGAUGUCUUCACUGAAGCGCUGAGCGGUGGCGACCCAGCAUGUAGUCGAGGUGAACAAGUCACUUCACGCCUGCCAACACUGAUCACAUCAUGGGGAAUUCCUACGCCGGGCAGCUGAAGUCCGCUCGCUUCGAAGAGGCCCUGCACAACUCCAUCGAGGCGUCGCUGCGCUCCAGCAGCGGAGAUCCGCAGCCCAUCUUCACGCAGCUCUACCUGAAGCCCGAGCCCUAUCCCGCCAGCGUGGACGCGGAUGUGAAACCCAAACCGGAUCUCCAAGGUGGCGAGCUGCCCGGCCACGAGCUCCUGACCAACAGCCACUCCUCCCACGAUCCGGAGGAGCUGGAGGACGAGGACGACUCGGACAGCAACAGCCCCCCGCUGCCGUACCUGCAGACCCCGGUACCGGACGGCAGCUGCACGAUGGAAGGAUUCUGCCAGGCCGGCAAGGAUCUGCGCUUGGUCUCCAUGGCAACGGAACCCAUCGACGUCCCGGCGGGCUUCGAACUGGUCGGCGCCAAGUCCCCCAGCGUGGCCGAGCACAUCCUGGUGUGUGCCGUGGACCGCCGCUUUUUGCCCGACGACAACGGCAAAAAUGCACUUUUAGCAGGUUUUUCCGGAAACUGCGUUGGCUGCGGCGAGAAGGGCUUCAGAUACUUCACCGAGUUCUCCAACCACAUCAACCUGAAGUUAUCCACGCAGCCCAAGAAGCAGAAGCACUUAAAGUAUUACCUGGUGAAGAACUCUCAGGGUGCUUUGUGCAAAGGCCCCCUCAUCUGCUGGAAAGAUUGCAAAACGCGUCAGCUGUCCAGCGGCGCGUCCACCUCCACGUCCAAACCCAGCUCGUCGUCCUCAAUCAGCAGCAAAGAAAAUGGCGCAACCAGCGGAAAUGGAUCAUCUCCGUUCUCCCUGUCAGAUUCUCCGCCCACCAGAAUGACGCCGGCCUCGUCUGUCUUUUUCAGCAGUCCUGAUCUGAGCCGAGAGUGUGGCUUCAUCAAGCCUCUGGCCUCCACGCCUGGAAACAAGACGCUCCCGAUAGUUCCCACGGCGCUGAGGGUAAACGGACCGACAAAUGGCUUGGGUGUCGAUGGGCGUCCCCCGUUACUCAGCCCCUCCCAGGUCACCUUAGGGCCUCAGGGCCAAGGGUAUCGAGCUGCCGACUCGGGAGACAGUCCAGUGUCAUCCGCCAUGAACUCCGGUCCUCCCAAGAAGCGCCAUCGGAGCUGGCAUCCCACUUCAAUCGUCCCGGUCCCGCCCACGGCCGUGCCCGUACCUGCUAUCCGCCCCGUCGUCUGUCCUCCGGGUUCUGUAUUAGGGGGCGUCUCUCCUCAGCCCCCGGGGCCGGGCGUCAUCCAGCCUCAGCCUGUCAGCGCCGGGGGGACGGUCGACGUCCCGGACAACCUGCUGAACUGUGCAGGGGUUCGCCCCGUCAUCCUCAUUGGGCACGGUGCCUUACCUUAUUUCUAUGGCAACGUGGGGGACGUAGUGGUAAGCCCCCUGCUGGUGGGCUGCUACCAGAACGGCCAGCUAAGCGAGAAGACCUUGGGGACACUGGGCCUCAGCAUCAGCCAGCAGCUCAGCGUGGAGACCAUGAUUUUGCUCACGUUACAGUACCUGGCACGUCUAGGUCCAGAGCAGAUCCCCCUUCGGGAGGAGCUGGAGCAGAUCGUCCUGAAGGCCAUGCUGUGCUGUCCGGGUGGUCCUGCCAUCUCCCCGUCCCAGCUUCCCUGGCUGGCUCGGCUGGAGGCCAGCGUCUCCGGGGGCGCGGUCCAAGUGGUGGCCGCCCACAAUUCGCUAGGCGAGGGCAUCUGCGAGUCGCUACGCUCUCUCGGCGAGGGUCCCCACCUCCAGCAGUCGCUGCCCACCUACGUGGUCAUCAUAUGCUCCUCCAAGAUGAGCGGAAAUGAGUUCUGCGUGCUGGUCUUCGGAAAGUACCAAGCGCGGGCUUUGGCGGAGGGCAUGCUCAGCACCAACGAGUUCCUGAAGGAGAUUAGCUACGAGCUCAUUACAGGCAAAGUCAGUGUGUUGGCGUCUCACUUCAAAACCACCUCGCUGGGGGACAAUCUGGACAAGCAGCUGGUGCGGUAUCAGCGGCGACGGAAGGGCCAGGUCAUCCAGCCCUUUCAGGGCGAUGUCACAGACCACAUCCACUCGCAGGAGGCCGCCAGCAUGUCACCACCUUCGGACAGAGAGCUGCUCAGCAAGGUCUUCCAGAUCUUUCCGACGCAGCUGAGCGUGGCGCGCCGCCUCCUGUCGCAGGUUUGCUCCAUCGCCGACUCGGGCAGCCAGAACCUGGACUUGGGCCGCUUCUGCAAAGUGGACUUCCUGGUUCUGGUGCCGCCUUCUCACAUCCUGGUGAACCAGACAGCGCAACGCAUCCGACAAUCAGGCGUCCUGUUCGACUUGGGAAUGGAAGAGUCGUGCUCGCCUCAGAAGUGCGACAAGUACGUGGUACGACUGGAUGCCGACGUGCACGCCAAGAUGGAGGCCUUCAUGAGAAAAGUCAAACAGAACCCGUACACGCUGUUUGUUCUCAUCCACGACAACUCUCACGUCGACCUCACCAGCGCUCUGUCGGGCUCCGUGUGCCACGGCGAGCUGCAGGGUCUGGCCGACAGGGUGGUCAACUGCCAGGAGGUCCUGGACACGGUCAACCUGCUGGUGCUGCAGGUCAGCUGCUUCCCGUACACGCUGCAGACCCACCAAUCCCGCAUCAGCGUGCACAACGAGGUGCACUGGCCCUCCAAUGAAAGCCUGCAGGGAUCCCUCUCUCCCGGCGAGUUAGCCUACUUCGGCCUGUGCGACUACAGCAGAUCCCUGCAGUGGGGCGUGGCCAGCCCCAUCCUGCGCUGUGACGACGCCUUCGAGAAGAUGGUCCACACACUCCUGCAAAGGCACCCCCACCUGCACAGCAUGGUGAUCCGCAGCUACCUGCUCAUCCAGCAGUACACGGAGGCCAUGAUGGCGCUCACCUCCUCGCCGUCGCUGAGAGACCACAUCACACCCGAGACCCUGGCAAUGGUGGAGGACCUGAUCAACGCGCCUGCCCGGGAGGGCUCGCAGGGUCGUGGCCACAUGCUGCUGGUGCGUGUGCCCUCGCUGCAGUUGGCCAUGAUGGCUCGCGAGCGUUUGGAGGACGUGCGCGACAAGCUCGGCCUCCAGCUGUGUUUUGCCGUGCUGCUCGGGAGCCCCGCUUCCGAGAUCAGCCUGCCCAGGAACUUCACCUGUCGCCUACGGGCCUGGCGAGGAUAUGAGAAUGAAGACUGGGUUCCACUCACCUACGAGGAUCUGGAGGGUCUCCCUUGUAUCGUCAUCCUCACGGGGAAAGACCCCCUUGGAGAGACCUUUCCUAGGUCUCUGAAAUACAGCGACCUGCGUCUGAUCGACUCCAGCUACCUGACGCGUACGGCCCUGGAGCAGGAAGUGGGCCUGGCCUGCACCUACGUGUCCGUGAGUGUGGUCCAGGAGCCCAAGAAGGCGGUGGGCCCUCGGGAGUCGGACGGGGAGAAGACCGCCGCCGUCGUGAACGAAGGAGACGAGCUGGAGCGACCUCAGAGCAACGGCAGCGCGGCCACCAGAACCUCAGGAUCCUUGGUGGAAAACGGGGUCAGUUCAUCCGACAACGCAGACGCCCCCCCGAAACCCCCCACCUGUGCACCGGAGGGAGCCGACACGUCGGGUCUCAAGCAGGAGUGCGACUCUGUGGGCGGACAGAUCCCCUCCAACCCUCCCAAAACUUCCAAAGCCCCUCCGUCGCUGUACUCCAGCUCGUCCUCGUCCUCGCCGUCGCCCUCCUCCUCGUCCAGGCAGCGGCCCAGCCAGUCCACGCAGUGCGCCCGCCACCCUAACCCGACGCGCGUGUCGCCGCGCACCGUCAUCAUGUCGCGGCCGGCGUACAACCUGCUGUCAGCUGACUCAGGCAGCCAGCUGAGCUCCUUCUCGCUGCUGCCCCACGCCGACGUGGCCUGGAGCAGCCCGCUGAGGCCCCCCGUCGCCUCAGGCCUGCACGGUGAGGAGCAGAGCGCCUACUAUCGCCAGUGGACCGUCGCCAAGCAGCACCACGCCGACUACGAGGCACCGACCACGCCGCACCCUCGACGCCUCCUGCUGAGCGGACCUCCACAGGUGGGUAAAACGGGCGCCUAUCUCCAGUUCCUGCGCAUCCUCUUCCGCAUGCUCAUCAGACUGUUGGAGGUGGACGUGUUCGAUGAGGAGGAGUCGGACGAGGAAGAGGCUGCUGAAGAGACGUCAGAGGUGGCGACGCCCGUAAACGCCCAGUGGCCUGACGUCGAGGACAUGCGCAAGCUUCCCUUUGACCCCAACCCCCGAGACUCCAAGUUCAGGAAGGCCAGCCCCGUCCACUGCGACAAGACGCCAACGCGCUCCAGAGUUCUGAAGGAAGAAGAUGGGAGGCAAACAGUCGUCAAGCGAGAGACCAAAUCCAUACGACUCACUCGGUUCGCCGCUCACAACCGCUUUCAUCACUGCGAGCAGUGUCACCACUACUGUGACGCCAGCCCCGCCACGCAGCUGUCUGAGUGCACCUUCCACGCCUUCACCUUCUGCUCGUCCAUGCUGGGCGAGGAGGUCCAGCUCCAGUUUGUCAUUCCCAAAGACAAGGAGCAGCACUUUGUCUUCAGUCAACAGGGGAGCCACCUGGAGAGCAUGCGCCUGCCUCUGGUCUCCACCAAGGACCCCGACCUGUUGAAGAGCCCCAUCUUCACGCCGACGACGGGGCGCCAGGAGCACGGCCUGCUCAACAUCUACCACGCCAUGGAGGGCGCCGCUCACCUGCACAUCCUGGUGGUCAAGCACUUUGAGAUGCCCCACUACAGGAAUUACUGGCCCAACCACAUCCUGCUCGUUUUGCCCGCCACGUUCAACAACUCCGGAGUCGGCGCCGCCCGCUUCAUGAUUAAGGAGCUGUCGUACCACAACCUGGAGUUGGAGAGGAACCGGUGGGAGGAGCAAGGCGUCAAGCGGCAGGAAGUGUGGCCCUUCAUUGUCAUGAUGGACGACUCGUGCGUGCUGUGGAACGCCCAGCAGCCCGCCGAUAACAGCGAAACGUCCGACGCCGGCUCGGCGCUCACCAACGUGUCCCUUAAAGCGGUACUGUGGCACAUGGAGGCCACGCCCAAGAUCCCCCUCUACGCCAUGUGCGGAGCCCGCAAGUGGAGAAGCAGCCUGGCCCGCAAGGCCCCCGGUCGGGCAUUCAGCAGGGGCCACCUGUAUGACUUCGUCCUGCUCAACGUGGAUCUGACCCAGAACGUCCAGUACGACCUCAACCGUUACAGUUGCGAGGAGGUGGACUUCAAUCUUCGGGUGAACAGCAGCGGACUCCUGCUGUGUCGCUUCAACAGCUUCAGCUUGAUGAAGAAGCACAUUCCAGUCGGUGGCAACCAAGACUACAUGGUCAAACCCAAACUCAUGGAAAUUGAGAACCCCGCCCCCAUCAGCCCUUCGCAGUACGUGUGCGCCCCCGACAGCGAGCAGACCCUGUUGGAUGCGCCGGCCCAGUUUCUGCUGGAAAGGUUCCUGCAGAGCUGCAGCCACCGACUGUUCCCCAAAGCUAUUCACAACCCGAACAACCCGGUCCUGUCCAUCGACAGCUACCUCAACAUCAGCCCGGAGAUAUCCGUGUGCUACAUCAACUCCCGUCCACACUCCACCAACCUCAACCACCAGGGCCUGGUGUUCAGCGGCCUGCUGCUGUACCUCUGCGACUCCUUCGUCGUCUCCGGACUCCUCAAGAAGUUCCGCUUCCUUAAAGGCGCCACCCUUUGCGUCAUCUGCCAGGACCGCAGCUCCCUGCGUCAGACCAUCGUGCGUCUGGAGCUGGAGGACGAGUGGCAGUUCCGCCUGCGCGACGAGUUCCAGACGGCCAACUGCAGCGAGGACCGGCCCCUCUACUUUCUCACUGGACGCCACGUUUGAACCAUCCCCCCCCCCCCCCAAAGAAGCAAAAGCCAGCCAUUCGUUCCAUCAAAUCGCGCCACAGGCGGACACACGCGUGUGCUCACUUGAUGAACGCUAAGCUAUGCUAUGGUUGUAUGUGGACUUUUUUUUUUUUCUUAACCAUGAUAUUUCCAUACGUGGACGUACAUGUAUAUCUCAGGGUUUUUAAAAGGGAAAAAUCUGACUUAAGCGAAUAAGAGUGGAGGAGGUUUUCUCCCUGUGUUUGCUUUCUUCGUGGCACCAAAGACAUCCUCGAUCGAGCUGCACCUUUUUCUUGUCCCGUCAUGCCUUUCACUGCCUAACAACUCCACACCAAACACUGCCUAGUGGACAUACGACCAUGCGUGCUGUAUACCAAGUACAUUAUUUGGCAUUUCUAAAAAAGCAGAGUGGGGAAACCUGCGGCACGUGGGCCAUAUUACGACACGCUGGAGCGUUUUAUCCGGCCCGUCGUGUGAUUCUAAAAACUUCAAUGGAGCUGAAAUUGGGGACACACAAAUGCACAUAAAUGAAUGAAAUCCAAUAUGAAAUGCUCAAUAAACCAGCUUUGCGAUGUCUUGAAUGACAUUACCCAAGCGCUGUAACUUAAGUUGAAGCCUAUAUCGUUGUAUCUACGCUACACCAUGACUAAGGCUUUCUAUUCUCUAGUGACUUUAAAGGAGACAAAAAAGUUUCACAGUUUAAAACAGUUCCCAGGGAUUUCAAUAACAUGUCUGUCAAAUGUUUUUGUCAAAAUACCCCAAAUAAACAGCAUUGUAGAGUACUUUCCACGCUAGCUGCAGCACUUCAUAGACUGCACUGCGUGUAUGUGGCACAUGGACACAUCACCAAAAUACCACCCAUCACUGUGUCAACGACUUCACCGAACAACGAGUACGUGCCGCUUAUCAGAGGCUAACCAUGCUAACUUAUGCUAACCAGUGCAACCAACCAAACUCAAUGCAGCUCUGCUUACCCUUUGACUUUGAUUUGACAGCGGUUGUGUCACACUCAUUGGGGGUGCGGAUGAUAGUGUUGAAAGUGCCUCUGGAUCUUCACCCAGCUGAGCUGAUCAGGUCAUGAGUGGAGUAGGGCUCGCUGACAGGCACAUUUUUCAGAAAGAUCGUUUACGAUCUACUUGGUUGUUGAAUUUCACAUUUAUGGGUGGGCAGGUGCUCCAGAGACCCACUAUACAAGCCAUUAAAAAGACAAUUUUCCAAAAUGUGUCCCCUUUAAACACGGGUGUUAAGCUGCCCUGUGUAUUCAAUAAAAUGGAGAAUGAAGAGGAGAAUUUCCUAUGUGUGUGUGUGUGUGUGCGUGUGUGUGUGUGCGUGUGUGUGUGUGUGUGUGUGUGUGCGCACAGGGUUUUCCAAAGUAUAUGCCUUAAGGAGAAGUGACACUCACUCAUGCGUGGACCAAUGAGAACGAGACAAAAAAGGGAAUUUCGCUUGAGCCCAAAAAAAAAAGAAAAGAAAAGAAAAACCAGAGAAUUAGACUACUGUACUGUUUAAAGUUUACAUUAUUAUUAUUAUUAAUAUAUUCUAUCAUGGCCACCACCCUUUCGCUCGCUGAGGGUUACUGAUGUUGUUUUCUUGUAUUUGUAUGUGCGUGUAACUUUUACCCAGUUUUGGUGUCUUUUUCUGUCAGCAAGAAGAAUCUACCUAAGAUGUGUCUUAACCGCGUGUCUGCAUACGCUCACCAGGGAGUUGUUAUUUAUUUCAAGCAUUAUAGUUCGACCGAUAAUCAUGUGGAAACAAGAUAUGUUUGAUUGCAUGCAUGCUAGGGCGGGUGAAUUUACUAAAAGUCGCUGAGGCGUAAAGGAAACGGAGUGAACUUGCACUAAACAAGUUGCCAAACCAAAUAAUGGAAACCGAUCAAAUCACACCCUGCCCCCUCCCGAAAAAAAAAAAAAACAGAUCGUGGUGAUCUGAAGUGUAUUUACCCCAAAAAGGUCGAAUAUGCAACUUACUCACACAAUCUUUGCAGAGAGAAACAGAACCGUGGUAGCCUCGGGAUUUACCUCAUGUUGUCACAGCAGAGCCGUGCUAUGUUGUCCUUGUUGUUCCAAAUUGAUGAAUGUAAUAAUAAUAAUAAUAAUAAAACGACUUUUAAAACCA